AAACCCAGAAACCCCGUCAAAAUUUCAACGAGCACCACCAGAAUCCGUGGAAGAGAGCAAAGAUGAGAGGGAUUCUCCGGCGGUUGAUCGGUGGCAGACAGCCAUUCACAUCAUCACGGCGUUCUUCUGAAUUAGGUCAAACAUUAAUGGUGUCAUCAGCAGCUACAGUCUCUUACUCCACUGUAACUUUCAUGGAGAAACCUAAUCUACUUUAUGGAUUCCCAAUUGCCGCAAACCUCCUGUCUGAUUUCCAGUCUCUUCACGUUCUCAAUCAAUAUCGAAACUUCUCCAGUCCAUCUUCAUCAGGUCCAUCAAAUAUUGUGUCAAUUGAGUCUGAAGAACAAUUCAAUACUUCACUUCGCAAAGUACAAGAUGAAUCCUUGCCUGCGAUAUUCUACUUCACUGCUGCCUGGUGUGGGCCCUGUAGGUUGUUAUCUCCUGUGAUUGGCCAAUUAAGUGAGAAAUAUCCUCAUGUGACAACAUAUAAAGUUGACAUUGACAAGGAGGGGCUUGGAAAUGCAUUGAGCAAGUUGAACAUUAGCGCAGUGCCUACAUUGCACUUCUAUCAAAAUGGGAAAAAAACAUCUGAAGUUAUCGGUGCUGAUGUCCAACGCUUGAAAGAAACCAUGGAAGAGCUCUACAAAUGAUAUUUCAACCUUCCAGCAGUUCAUGUCUGGUUGGAAGUUAAUAUCCGUAACAGUAAUUCUUGCUUUUCACUCUUUUAUAGUUUCAGUAAUCAUUCGUAGAAUUUAAAGUAUGCUCAAUUGUAACGUUAUCCAGUGCCAAGUAUCGUUCUCUCUUUCUUUAUGGUAAAGAGUAACAUUUCCUGUGA